CCCGCGCCGCGCGCCCCGCCGGGCGGGCUUCGGACUGCGCCAGAGAGCCGAGCCGGUGGAGUCCACGUCGGAGACCCUGCGCCGGACCCCGAGACAGCGACUGGAUUAUGCAGAUUUCUGAGACAGGUGAGGACCUGAAACAAAAGAACCGGGAAGUGGGGCUUCUGGGAGCCCAGAGGAGAAAACUGCAGUCCAGGAUGACUCGGUCAGCUCGUCCGAAGGCGCGCCGCUGGUUCGGGCCGAGCCCCGACUGUGAGAGCGAACCACUCGGCCCCUACAGACCGGGCCUCGGAGGGUCCCAGGCUUGAGGACCCAUCGGCCCCCCACCCCCCUUGGAAAGUGCCCCCCUGGCUUAGUCAUGGCGAAGCUGGAGACACUGCCUGUGCGUGCCGACCCAGGGCGGGACCCCCUCCUGGCCUUUGCCCCACGGCCUUCUGAGCUUGGCCCUCCAGAUCCCCGCCUGGCCAUGGGCAGUGUGGGCAGCGGUGUGGCCCAUGCCCAGGAGUUCCCCAUGAAGAGCGUGGGCACCCGCACAGGGGGUGGGGGCAGCCAGGGCAGUUUUCCUGGCCCCCGAGGGAGUGGUGGCGGGGCCAGCAGGGAGAGGCCCAGCCGCUACCCCUCAGAAGACAAAGUUCUCGCCAACUCCCUCUACCUCAAUGGCGAGCUGCGGGGCAGUGAUCACACAGAUGUCUGCGGCAAUGUGGUGGGCAGCAGCGGUGGCAGCAGCAGCAGUGGUAGUGACAAGGCCCCACCACAGUAUCGUGAGCCCAACCACCCACCUAAGCUCCUAGCAACCUCGGGCAAGUUAGACCAGUGCUCAGAGCCACUAGUUCGGCCAUCAGCCUUCAAGCCUGUUGUACCCAAGAAUUUCCAUUCCAUGCAGAACUUGUGUCCCCCACAGACCAAUGGGACCCCUGAGGGACGACAGGCCCCAGGUGGCCUCAAGGGAGGACUGGACAAGUCUCGGACCAUGACCCCAGCUGGGGGGAGUGGAGGUGGUCUCUCAGACUCAGGCCGGAACUCACUCACAAGCCUGCCCACCUAUAGUUCCAACUACAGCCAGCACCUGGCCCCCCUCAGUGCUUCCACCAGCCACAUCAACCGCAUUGGCACUGCCAGCUACGGUAGUGGCAGCAGCGGUGGGGGGUCAGGCUACCAGGACCUGGGCACCUCUGACAGUGGGCGGGCCUCCAGCAAGAGCGGAUCAUCAUCAUCCAUGGGGCGGUCAGGCCACCUGGGGUCUGGGGAGGGUGGAGGUGGAGGCCUACCAUUUGCAGCUUGCUCACCACCCUCGCCCAGUGCACUGAUCCAGGAGCUGGAGGAGAGGCUGUGGGAGAAGGAGCAGGAGGUGGCAGCUCUUCGACGCAGCUUGGAGCAGAGUGAGGCUGCUGUGGCUCAAGUGCUAGAAGAGCGGCAGAAGGCGUGGGAGCGUGAGCUGGCCGAGCUGCGACAGGGAUGCAGUGGGAAGCUGCAGCAGGUGGCCCGCCGUGCCCAGCGUGCCCAGCAGGGCCUACAGUUGCAAGUGCUGCGGCUGCAGCAGGACAAGAAGCAGUUGCAGGAGGAGGCGGCCCGGCUGAUGCGGCAACGGGAAGAGCUAGAGGACAAGGUGGCCGCCUGUCAGAAGGAGCAGGCCGACUUCUUGCCCCGGAUGGAGGAAACUAAGUGGGAGGUGUGUCAGAAGGCUGGUGAGAUUUCCCUCCUGAAGCAACAGCUGAAGGACUCACAGGCUGACGUGUCACAGAAGCUGAGUGAGAUCGUGGGGCUCCGCUCACAGCUGCGGGAAGGCCGAGCCUCGCUGAGGGAGAAGGAGGAGCAGCUGCUCAGCCUGAGGGACUCCUUCGGCAGCAAACAGGCCAGCCUGGAGCUGAGUGAGGGAGAGCUGCCCCCUGCCUGCCUCAAACCGGCGCUCACCCCUGUAGACCUGGCUGAGCCACAGGAAGCCCUGGCCACCUGUGAGAGUGAUGAGGCCAAGAUGCGUCGACAGGCUGGGGUGACGGCUGCUGCCUCCUUAGUUUCUGUGGAUGGGGAGGUGGAUGCUGGUGGGGAGAAUGGGACACGGGCCCUGCGGAGGGAGGUGGGGCGGCUGCAGGCCGAGCUGGCAGCUGAGCGGAGGGCCCGGGAGCGCCAGGGUGCCAGCUUUGCAGAGGAACGCCGCGUGUGGCUGGAGGAGAAGGAGAAAGUGAUCGAGUACCAGAAGCAGUUACAGCUGAGUUACGUGGAGAUGUAUCAGCGCAACCAGCAGCUGGAGCGGCGGCUGCGGGAACGUGGAGCCUCAGGGGGUGCAAGCACACCUACCCCCCAGCAUGGGGAGGAGAAGAAGGCCUGGACCCCCUCUCGGCUUGAGCGCAUCGAGUCCACAGAAAUCUGAUCCUUCACCUAGGCACAUGGCCUUCUGACAAAUACCCUGUUGGAAGGCCUGAGGUCCUAGUAUCCCUUUCCCUCCAUUUCCCUUCCCCAUGUCCCCCAUAUCCCCAGACCAAAGAGGUUCUCAAAGCAGCUGUGACCAGGCUCCUCCCGCCCCCCCCCCCCCAGCUUUAGCACUGCCCCCAUGGGCAGCCACGUGGACCCCUCCUCCCAAGGAGGGCAUGGGGGAAUCAGAGUGCAUGGGUUUGAGGGCCCAGGCAGCAGGGAGUGUGCUCCCUUUCUGGGAAGCCCCUUGUUGGAGAUGGAGGCAGCAGGCCUGUAGUGCCAGGAGAUGCCCCAGCCCUUCUAGGGGGGUCUGGGAUGCUGCCGUUGGCCACCUUGUGUCCAGUUUCUGUACUCCUAGGCUGUGCAGCCUGAGGGGGCCUGCACGGGUCUGCUGAUGCUGACAGAUCCUGGGCUCCCAGUCUCUCUCCUUCAUGUGGUUGGUUUUCCCCUCCCCGGGGGCAGAUUGGCAGGACAAGAGGGAGCAGAUGGCCUGCCUGUGGUUGAGAGGGCUACCUGCCCAGCCCCUCCCCCCAAGGUCUCUUGGGCUCAGGCAUCAGAGCCUGGCCUGGUCCUGAGUGUAUGUCUCUAUGUGUGUGUUAGGGGAGAGAAGGGUUGGGGCUGGAAGCUCAGUGCCCAGGACAGAUCUGCCCUCCUGUUCUUAAGGAAAGGAGGAGGCUUCUUAGCUCUACCCUUACCCUUCUGGCCAGAAUUCUGCAGGGCAAUAGCCCUCCCUCCCCCUACUGCUUGGCUAACCCCACACCCAGGGCCACUGUCCAGCUCUAACUACAGCUAUUAAGUGCAACCUGCCUCUCAGGCACUACCCUUGCCCAGUUUCUGAGGUCAGAUGAGUGUCUGUGAUGUCUUCCUGUGUCUUCCUUCACUCACUCCCCCCCCAGCCUCCUGCUUUCACGCUCAGAAUAUCAUCUUCCCAGGCUGCCUUUUCCUCAAAGUCUCACCUUUCUUCUAGUAGGAAAUUCUGCUUGACCUUUGGUGCACUGCCCACUUCCCAGUUCUACUGGCUCAAAUCUGAGCCUGAGGCCCUUGUUUUGGGGAAGGGCCAGAGCAGGUAGGAUGUGAUUGCCCUUGAAGAACAAGGCUGGCCUGAGAGGAACACUGACCUCUUGGUUCCUUGCCAAGCUCUGAGUUGGUUCAGUAUUUGCCCAGGGAGGGCUGGGAUGGCCAUCAGUAGGGGUUGGAGCAGCCAAUGUCACUUCCUUCUCUGGGGUCCUUCUCAGAGUCUAUCUCCCCAAGAUAGGAAGGGAAUUUCCCAUUUCCCUUCUAAGAAAGUAAAUUUCUAAUUCACCAGCAAUAAAAAUUGGAGGAGGCUUGGCCCUCAGUCCUUGUAUUUCUCUUUUUCACUCUCUCUUCCACCCCCAAAAUUGAGUUUGGGGGGCAGAGUGGAGAGAGUUGGCAACUACUGUGAGCAAGUCCCCCAGCCCCUGACCAGCCUCCUCCCAUGACUGGUGACUGUUUAAUGAGCUGUGCAACCCCCACAAAAACAGGAGUGCCCCUUUCAUGGCCUCCAACCUUCUGCACAGCCCCUUCUGGGUGGUCCUCAUCAGGUUCCUGAGCUGGAUGGGAGGCUAUCCUGGCAACCACUGCCUAUUCUACCCCACUCCUCAUUGCACCUGCCCCAGAACCUGGGCCUGGGCCACAGGGACUGGGAGAAAAGAAGGCAUUAGUAGGAAAA